AUGUGUCUUUUCUUUUUCUCGUUGACUUCUCGAUGUUUCAAUUGGGUAUUAACAUACUACUUGCUAACAAGAACCCCCAAAUCACCUCCAUAUCCUAUUCCUACUAGAAAUUGCAAUGUUAACCCUAGACAAGUUGCUUCCAUGACACGAGACCAUGAUUUUCCUGCUUUGCAAAACUUUGGUGGGGUUAAUGGAUUGGCAGAGGUGUUGAAGAUGAAUCCUGAUAAGGGAAUUAAUGAUGAUGAGGCAAACAUAUUAGAAAGGAAAAAUGUGUUUGGGUCAAACAUGUACCCAAGAAAAAAGGGACGAAGUUUUUGGAGGUUUCUGUUUGAUGCUUGUUGCGAUACAACAUUGAUCAUUUUAAUGGUAGCAGCUACUGCUUCUUUAGCACUAGGUAUCAAGAUAGAGGGGAUUAAAGAAGGAUGGUAUGAUGGUGGAAGCAUUGCUUUAGCUGUUAUAAUUGUCAUAGUUGUUACAGGAUAUAAGAGGAUGAAGGAGGGUGGAGAUUUCAAUCUUUGA